AUGGCUCGAUGGCGAGCUCCGUGGCUGCCCUGGGACUCAUCUGUCCCGGUCUUUGUCGCAUUGUGUCUGAGCGCAGGAGUCUUUCAGGCGAAGGCUGGUCUCAGCCAAGACAUCUCCGCGCCUUGCGAGGACAUUUUCUUUGACGAGGGAGCUUUGUUGCAACGCCCCACUUCCAGGACCCCGGGUGCCGCUUCCCUGGCAUCGCACGGCGACCUUCACGACCUUGGAAGUACAUCUGCGGUGCGCGGCUACAUCCCGCAGAAGUGUCCGAAUCCGGAGGAUUGUGCAGACAUUGGUUCCAACUGCGCUGGGCCCUCGACUGCGGAGCUCGUCGUGAGGGAGGUGCCUUCGAGUUGUUCACUCUGCCGAUUGGCGCCCGAUGCGACGGCAAUCCUAUACACCAUACAACGAGGUGAUGGGGCUGGAACUCGAGUCGGGCAAGCUUUGAUGAGCAUGGCGUAUGCAUCUCAGUACAACUUGAAGUUUGGUGGCUUCUUCCUACCCUGGGACCAGAAAGAUCUGGUUCACGGAGCUGAUCAGCCGACAGCCCUGAGUGCGUUUCUGGGAUGCAACUACUCAGACUUGCUUGUGCACGUGGAGAAGCCCCGGUUUGCAGAAUGCUGGAGUGGUGCUCCUCUUGGUGGCGCAGUUGACAACCAGGCCAACCAGGCCAUACUGCUCCACCAAUGCAACGGUAUCUCAUGCCGACCUGAUCUCUCCAUGCUCACCUGGGGGUUCUUGGCAGAGGUUCGAAAGUCGACACUGCUUCUCAGUCACCCAACGCCACUCUUUGAAGGCAACCGACUUCGUGUUGUGAUUCACAUACGGCGAGGGGAUCGACAACCUGGGGGUUCAGCAUUUUCUGAACCCACCUGGGCUUCGGAUACCUUGUACCUGGAUUUCCUUAGUUCCUUAGACCGACUUGGCGUUGAUGCUCAGGUUCAUGUGUUCAGUACCACAGAGGAACGCACGAAGAGCAAAGACUUUGACAUCUACAGAAGUCGGGGGGCGUACGUACAUCUGGACGGCGAUGCUGUGGAGGAUUGGGCCCACAUGGCUCAAGCUGACUUGCUGCUUAUUGCGCCAAGUACAUACUCUUGGGCAGUUGGACUGCUGAAUGACAAAUGCGUGGCGAUUUUCAACUAUGUACCUUUCCCGGUCAUGAUGGACUGGAUAAGCUUGAGUGAGGACUUGAAUGAAUUCGGGGAGGUUGGCAGAUGCCUACAGAAGAAAGGACUGCACAACGCUGUCCAGUAA